GCUCCUGCCAGGGUCCUGUAACUCUUCUCCUCCUCCUCCCAUCUCCUACUUUUUGAUGGGGGGUGCAGCGGUGAAGUCACAGUGAUGUCAUUUUAGGAUGUGAGAGUCGGGGGCAAGGUGAGCUGGUUUUGCGGUGAGUGGUGUCCCCCUCCACGGCCAGCGUUGCCUGAUCAGAGGCGCGGAGCGGCCAAAGAUGAUCAUCGCCACCGGCACCAAUUCAAGCUCCGACGCGCUCUGUCCCAAUCCUCCUGCUCAGAUCUCGGGCUAUGGGGCCUUGAUCUAUCUUGAUCCCAAAAUAAACCUUUACCACCACCAUGCCAAAGGACAGAAAUCAAGAAGAGUUGCAUUUUUAGGGCAGGUAACUUUGACCACGUGCCCCAAAGGUAAACUGGAUGGCCAUUGCGCAAAGGUGCCACUACAGUAUGUCCAGCGGGGCCCGGACGCACUGGACGCUACUGGCAGUUAUUGUACUGUGGACUUCUCUCUGGGGAAUCGUUUCAUCUUAUCCGAUUCCGAGCAGGACUAAUGCGACUUUACUGGAAAAGAAGUGGGAGACCCUCUUCUCCCGCUCCUACUUGGGUAUAACUGGGGGGAAAUCGGAGCUGAACUGGGAGAGUGACUAUUUGCAGGGCAUCAAAAGAGUGCGACGACUGUACUGCAACGUGGGCAUUGGGUUUCACCUGCAGGUGCUCCCGGAUGGCAGGAUAAGCGGUGAACACAAUGAGAACCAAUACAGUCUGAUAGAGAUCUCCACCGUGGACCGAGGAGUGAUCAGCCUGUUCGGAGUGAGGAGUGGGCUGUUUGUCGCAAUGAACAGCAGGGGAAGGUUAUACGGAACGAGAGUCUUCAAGGACGAGUGCAAGUUCAAGGAGACUUUGCUGCCCAACAACUACAACGCCUAUGAGUCUUUUGUUUACAAGGGCUUCUACAUCGCCCUCAGCAAGCAUGGCCGUGUAAAGAGAGGCAACAAGGCCACCACCGCCAUGACUGUCACACAUUUCCUCCCACGACUAUGAGAGAAACUGGCAAUAACUUAACAAUUUGCACAUGUGGAUGUUCCUCCAGGUAAUAUAGAAAUGCAUAGUAAUGAUAUACACACCCAUGGACUGCAAAAGAAAAGACAAAUAUUUAUUCUGAUAUAUAGAUAUAUAUAUAUAGAUAUAUAUAUAUAUGUAUAUUUGGAUAGUUAUCUUUGUAUAUGUAUGCCAUACUGUGCUGCUUAUUGUUUUUAUGGACAGGGGAAAGUUGAAGACUUUGCCUGUCCCACUUUACCUUGGUGCUUGCUGCAACUAAACUAAAUGUCACUUCCUUUUGUUUUUUGUUGAGAUGGAGGAUGAGCUGUAUUCUGUGCUUUUGGAGAGUGAAAUGAAUACUUUUUGUUACCUCAAAGAACCACUUUACUCGAUUAAGGGAUGCAUGGAGUUCUGCUCAAAUAUCUGCUAAGUUUGUUAUUUAUUUUUUCCGCAAACCUUUAAGCGCUUGAUUAUCGAUAGCUGGCAGUGGCUAAAUUCACUACCUUUGCUGCACGAUUUAAAGGUGCCUUGGUGUUCCCACUUGUGGCCCCCUUAAAGUUGCAUGUAAGAGACACCCGCUGGAGUCAGAAAUAGGGCUGACACACCGAACAGGGCCUCAGAAGGGGGAGGGGGUUGACUAUCUCUGGUUUAUUUUAUUUUCUGUAAUUAGAUUGAUUAAGUAAUAAACAAUCUGUGGUUGAGACCAGAGAGCCGUCAGCCAUGUAGACUGGCACAAGGCCACGAGCUUGACUUUGUGGGAUUGCCGAAAUAUAAACAGGGUGGAAUAUGUAUUUAUCCCAGCAUGGAGAAAAUUUUUAUUUGAGCAGAUAGAGCGCACGGUAGAAAUGUUACAGCACAUAGUCUUGGACAGAGCUCCCACAGUAAACUGGGAUGCGGUUUUUAUUUAUUUAUUUUCUUUUUUUUUUCUGAAUGGCAAAGAUAUAGCUGCUAUUGAAAAUGAUGUCUACUGUCUAUGAAACCAAUGAAAAAAAACUUUGUAAAUAGUUGGCAAAUGUAAAAGAAGAAGAAUUCAGGAGCUUUUUUUUCUUUCUUCUUUUUUUAAAAACAAAAAAAAACCAUACAAUGCUGCUUUGUUACAGUUGCCUGGAUGAGGCGUUAAGAGUUCAGGCUGCACAGUCGACCAUCGAUGAUGGUGCCUCAAUGUUCUCUUUGCUUCCACAUUUGUUUUUUUUCCCUCACAUCAGUAAGUUUGGUAGAGGAUGUGCAUGCCCUGGGGCAAUUCCCCUGCUUGAAUCUGCUUUCUGCAGCAGCAGCACUGCAGUGGCAGUGAGGUGUUGGAGGUAAAUGUUUUGAAAUGCAAUUAUAGAUGACUUUAAGGACUAAAGCGCGGUUCAGCUCGAGGACUGGAUCCACAUUCUUAGAUUUCUUAACUCUGCAUCUGUAUUUCUGUUGAUUUUGAUCUUAGUUUGCUAUAGCUGAAUGGCUGAGCUAGUCAAAAACUGAUUAUUUAAUAAGAAAAGUUUAUUAGAGGUGUAUUAAGCUUUGCAGACCCGCUGUUAGUGUGCACAAAUAUCUUGUUAUAUAUUCCAAAGAUGUUUCUCUUGCCUCAUUCUGAGAAUUCCUGAGAGUCUUCCCAAGUACAUUCACCCCUGUACUUUCUGCAGCUGUUUACUUUUAAAAAAAAAACAAAAAAACAAA